AUGCUUGCUAAAACUGUAGAAAUCAAUUGGCAUGAUGGACAGGCCAUUUAUUCUGUUGAUUUUUCACCGGAUGGUUCACGUUAUGCUACUGCAGGUGCUGACAAUUCCGUUCGUAUUUGGAGUAUUCAUAAAAGACCUGAUAAUGCAGGCACAUCCUCUACUUCUCACGAUAACAUGACAACGAUUGAAAAAAAGCAAAGUAAACAACUUGUGGAUUCUUUACCUGUCAACAUUGAUUUCCUUUCUGAAUUAAAACGACAUUCCUCGCCUGUCAAUGCAGUUCGGUUCUCUCCCAGUGGUGAUUUCAUUGCAUCUGCUGGCGAUGACGCUUGUAUUAUUUUAUGGAAAUUAUCAUUGAUGAAGGAAGCAACGUUUGGAAGUGACUACAAUGAAUACGAAAAAGAAACAUGGUCCGUGGUGAAUAUGUUUUAUGGUCAUAAUAAAGAAAUUUAUGAUUUAGCAUGGUCACCUUGUGGCAAUUAUUUUAUUACAGCAUCCAUUGAUAACACAGCCAGAGUUUGGAGUUUAACAGAGAAAACCUGCAUUCAUGUAUUUGCAGAUCACACCCAUUACGUACAAGGCGUCACCUGGGAUCCAUUAGGACAAUACGUUGCAACGCAAUCCAGUGAUCGAUCCAUGGCGAUUUACAAGUACCGUCAUUCAGCUCAAGGCAAGCUUGUAUUUGGACCGUGUUCACGACGUUUUUCACGUAUCGACAAGGGAAAAAUUGCAUCGACGUCCGUCAAGAUGGACGAUCCUGCUGCCAUUACAACUACAACAGGUUCAUUUCGAUUAUACCAUGACGAGAAUCUCGUUUCAUUCUUUAGAAGGUUAUCGUUUAGUCCUGAUGGUGCCUUAUUAAUUACACCUGCAGGCCUAAACAAGCCCAUUUCCGAUUCAACAACACCCAUAGCAACAACAACAACAACAACAACAGCGGCGGCGGCAACAGUGGCGGCGACAGCAUCGGCAGGGAUAGCGGCGGCAGUGGAUAUCGAUGAUCAUGAGGAACUGUCGAACUGUGCGUAUAUUUACCCUCGUAACACAAUGCUGAAGCACCCUGUGGGGUUCAUUGGGAAUUACCCUAAACCUGCGAUCGCGAUUCGUUGGUGUCCUAUGCUUUUUCAAAAGAGAAGAAAUAUGUCUUCAGCAUUUGCAUUACCUUACCGCAUGUUGUAUGCAACCGCCUCACAGGACUCGGUCUAUAUAUAUGAUACCCAGCAAUCUCGUCCUAUUUGUGCUAUUUCAGGAAUGCACUUUGCUCCUAUUACUGAUCUUGCAUGGUCGCAUGAUGGUUCUGUAUUGAUGUUCUCUUCUGCAGAUGGCUAUUGUUCUGCUGCUGUCUUUUCUGAUGGAGAAUUGGGUAUAAAAUAUGAAAAGCAACCAGAGCCAGUGGAAGAGUAUGAUGUUGAAAUGAUGGAUAUAGCCGUUAGUCAUACUAAUUUACCCAGUAAUAGUAGCAGCAGCAGCAGCAAUCAUCCGACUGCAGCUACGAACAAUGAACCAAUGAGCACAUUGGAAGGGGCCAAGCCGUAUAAACGAAGAGUCUCGAUGUCCCCUACGGAUAGUAGUGUGGCUCCCAAUCAUGGUAGUGCUGUGAUGAUAGAAAAACCCAAAAAAAGAAGAAUUACGCCCAUUUUAAUCAGCACCCCUUUGCAGACAAUGACUCCUACCCAUAUCAACAACACCAGCAUUAAUCAUACUCAUAAUCAAAAUAUGUCUCCCCCUUCUUCUUCUACAACUACUACUACUACAAUAACUAAUCAUAAUAUGACAGAGAAUAAAUAA